GCAGGAGAGAUCUCUGUGGCCUCCUUCCUUCCCUCCACAGUGACAUAAAUCAGGCAGUCACACAGACACCACUGAGCAGAGAUUCUCUCAACCCCAGCAUCCCUGUGAAGACCAGAUUGGAUUAACGUCUGACCCAUCCAGCACAUGACCUCUACCUCCAACUGACAGCACCCAACCACCACCACCACUCUUCGCCACCUGAUUCUUUGCUCUUUCUUCAGAAGCAAUGACUUUGUUUGAGAAUGUCACCAGGGCCCUGGCCAGACAGCUCAAUCCCAGAGGGGACCUGACCCCCUUGGACAGCCUCAUUGACUUCAAGCGCUUCCACCCUUUCUGCCUGGUCCUAAGGAAGAGGAAGAGCACAUUGUUUUGGGGUGCCCGUUACAUCCGCACUGACUAUACCCUCCUAGAUCUUCUUCAGCCUGGGACCUCACCAUCAGAUCUAUCAGACUCAGGGAGCUUCUCUUUCAAGAAGAUGCUGGAUGCCCGCCUGGAGGGUGAAGUAGAUGUUCCCAAAACAGUGAAAGUCAAAGGGACUGCUGGGCUCUCCCACAGCAGCACACUAGAAGUUCAGUCUCUCAGCGUUUCCCCUAAAGCCCUGGAUGACUUACAGAAGGAGAGGAAGCUUGUGCCUGAGCACUCAUUCCUAAAGGAGAUAAAGCAACGAGGGGAGAACCUGUAUGUGGUGAUGGAAGUUGUGGAAACUGUGAAAGAAGUCACCCUGGAGAAUGCUGGAAAAGCUUUGGGAUGCUUCUCCCUCCCCUUCUUUGCCCCUUUAGGACUUCAGGGGUCCUUAGAUCACAAGGAGGCUAUCACUAUCCCCAAAGGCUGUGUCCUAGCCUUCAGAGUGAGGCAACUGAUAGUCAAAGGAAAGGAUGACUGGGACAUUCCCCAUGUCUUCAAUGAGAACCUGAAAACCUUCCCUACUGAAGAAAAGCCUGAAGAGAAAAUAUUCUCCUUUAUCCAGACAUCUGAUAUUUGUAAGGAGAUUUCUGAAGUUCCAGAAGAUUUCGGGUCACUUAAGAAAGAAGUGCAAAGUGAGGCCCAAGAAGUGGCCAAGUUGAGCAGAGAAGGGCAGGUGUCACUACUCAAAUCCCUCAGAAACCUUCUAGGGAAGAAACAAGACCUCCAAGACUUAGAGCUGGCGUUUGAAGAAGCUCUGAACAAGGGGCAUCCUGUGUCCCUGGAGGCCAGCCCAAAAGACAUUGAACUCUCCCGUGAUGUUGUGGAAGGCAUUCUGUAUUUCCUUGGAGCCCUGACAGAGCUAAGUGAAGCCCAACAUAAACUACUAACAAAGUCCAUGGACAUGAAGAUUUUGCCCCUGCAACUGAAACUGGUGGAGAGUGUUAUGGAGCAAAACUUUCCAAAGACGGAGGAAGGUUUAUUUCCCCUGAACCCUGAACUACUAUCCUCCCUUGGGGAUGAGGAAUUGACCUUCACUGAGGCUCUGGUGGGGCUGAGUGGCCUGGAAAUGCAGAGAUCAGGCUUCAAAUAUAACUGGGACCCUGACACACUCCCCCAACUCUGUGCUCUGUAUGCCAGCCUCUCCUUCCUCCAGCUGCUAAACAAAGAGUCUUAAACUCUUCUUUCCCCUGCUUCCCACUUCUCUUCUCUUAGCCUAUCUUCCCUCAAGCUCUUUUCUCACUCUUCUUACUGGUAUAAGAUUCAGAACCACCAAAUGACAGUGUUACUGAAGGUGAAAGAAACCUCACUCAUAUGGGGGAUUUAGACUCUGCCCUCCCUGCCACUGUCUAUCAGCUGAAACUUAAACUCUCUAAAGAAGUGGUUCCUUUAGAAAAAAACAAAAAAGCUAAAAAUCUAAAGAUCAUUUAGACAAGGAAAAAUAUUACCUACUACACCUACUUUUACUUGCCCUCCCCCCCCCCAAAUAAAUCUCCUUAGACUAGCAAGAAUAGGAUUUCUUUAAUUAUCAUGUCAAUAAUUAAUUCAUGCCAGAAAGGCAAAUAUAGUAUGUCAGAAUGGCUAUAUAUUGUAUAGACAUUUUGUAAAAGAUUCAUUUACACAAAGGGCCUACAGUUAUUUUGCAGGAUUUUCUCACUUUCUUGACUCAUGGUUCCUACUCAAGAUACCUGAAAAACUAUCUGUAUGAUGCCUUUCAAUAUAAUGUGUCUCAUGUGGUUUUUCAAGAUUUCAAAAGAAAAUUGUAUUAAAAGUUAAAAAAAUAUUCUUGAAUUGGAAUCCCAUAGGUUUGUCAAUUGUGAGCCACACCUAAACAUAAGAUUUCAGGAGCAAAUCACUCCCCUAUCUAGUUCAGUCUUGACUUGCUGUUCCAUAGAGAACAAAGUGAGGAUUAGAUUUCUUUUCUCUCUCUUCAACUUCUUGCCAUUCCACAUUCCCCAAGCCAAUUUACCAGUCUGUCAGAUGAAGUGAGAACAAGAUUCAAGAGAUCCUUGGGCCAUAACAUCCCCACCCCAAGCAAACCAAACAGCUCCAAUUCCAGAAUCCUACUUGUCUCCCCUGUUGUCAAGACUGUUCUCUAUAGAGCUUCCCUUUUUUUUUUCCUGUCCUAUCUCUACAAGUUAUUAUCCCAAACCAUCACUGCAUAUAACUUCUAGUGGAAAUAACUUAUUCUCCCUAGCUAUUCAAAAAGAAAAGGAGUGCAGAAGGAAAAAAGAUCCCAGGACCAGCCACUAUUAUAAACAAUAUUACAAGAUCAUUUUACAAACUACUUGGAGGAAACACCAAUGUUCCAUGAACCAAUGUUCCAUAGGAACUAUUCCUCAAAAACCAGCAGGAGUUGAGGGAGUAUGAAAUGUCAGGUCCAAAAACAGGAAACAUCUCCAAACAGAAUACAAUCAGGAGCCGUUUUAGGAAUACGACACUAGAGUAAAGGAGCAGAUACUGAAAAUGAAAGAUGACGAUAUAGAGGUAGGACAUUAUUUUCAGAAGUAGCAGCAGUACAACCUUCCAAAAUGAUUGACAUUUUAAGAAACCAAAACUGGAUGAAGGGGGAAAUCCAGAUAUAAAAUUAUCUCAGAAAACUUCAGUCACUAUAUUAUUAAGUAUUAUCAUUCAGCCUUGUGACCUCUGUUCAGGCUGAUCAGAAAGACGAUAGGCUGAUAUAACAGGCAUUAAAACCUAAUAAGAGGUUUUAGGUUAGCAACAUCAAUAGCUUAACUAGGGUUUUAACUAAACUCAAAAAUAAAAACAUAGAAGCCACAACUAAAACACAAAUCAAUAUGGCUUUAUUAAGUACUUAUUAUGUGUCAGACGCUAUGCUAAGUGCUGGGAAUACAAAGGAAGAUGAAAACCCGUCCUUAUGGUUUCAAGAUAGUCAGUCUAAUGAGAGAGAAUAUGCAAACUAUGUUCAAAGAAGAUAAACUAAGAUUAAGGUGGUAUGAGAAUGUUUUAUUCAAAUGGUUUAAUGGUUUACUAUAUGAAAUCUAGUUUGUUUACCUUUCAGUAAGGGAAGGUAUCAUUAUUGGGAGGGAGUUGGUUUCUUGGAAAUGACUGUGUCAAAAUAAAGCCCAUUGAUUUCAAAAACAAAAGUCAUAUAACACGGUUAGUUCUUCAAGGGUCAUGAGCCAAAGGAAUCAAGUCUCCAUCCUUUUUUUCCUCUCUUCUAAGAUUGGUUUCCUCACUCCCUAAUUAUUCAUGACCAGUUUCCAAAUGCUUUAUAUCAAACAAUCUUCCUCCACUCUUGAAUAUCUUCCAAAACUUUGCUACAUUGCUCAUGGUGUAACAUGUAAUUGUCUGCUGAAUUGGUUGCUCUUUCCUUUUGAUGUAAUCAUUAUAAACAAAUGAGCUAAGCGCCUAACAAUCUAAAAGGGUGGAGGACUCAUAAAUUAUAAUAAAGCUAGUUUAUUUUCUUUCUUCCUAACUCUUGCCCACCUACACCAAAAUGCCUAGUGUGUUUUGGCAAUAUCUUUUGACAUACAUUAUCUAAACUAUCUGUAACAAAUCACUUAACCACUCUAAACAAAGUUUCUUCAUCAUUUUAAAUAUAUCAUUUAUAUUUACAUUUAAGUAAAUCAUUUAUAUUUUAAAAUAUAAGAGUUGGACUAGAUCAAAGCUUCUUAAACUGUGGGUCACAACUCUAUAUGGAAUCCUGUAACUGAGAAAUUGUGCUUUAUCAGUAAAUGUUUAAUUUGUAUAUUUUAUAUAUCUGUAUACCUGAAUAUAUAUAUAAAAAC